AUGUCGCACAUUCGCCCAGAUAUCCCCCCAUUGAAGGAUCUCACAACCGAAAACAUCACCGAGAAUGUCGUGGCCAUAAACUCUACCUGCCAGAACCCUCGGACGCGCUUCCUCUUCGAGAGGCUCACUCACCACCUUCAUGAUUUUGCGCGUGAGACUCGUUUGAGCACAACCGAGUGGGAGGCAGCCAUCCAGUUCCUCACCAGAACCGGAAAGAUUUGCAGCGACACACGACAGGAAUUUAUUCUCCUAUCUGAUGUCUUGGGACUAUCUCUGCUGGUUGAUUCUAUCGAUCAUCCUAAACCGCCUACGUCCACCGAGGGGACUGUUCUCGGCCCGUUUCAUGCCCACGGGGCUGAAAAUGUGGCUUCCGGUCAUACCAUCUCUCAUGAUCCUGAGGGAGAACCCCUCUUGGUCGUGUGCUCAGUUAAGGACUCUCAGGGGAACCCACUAGCAGAUGUCGAGGUUGACGUCUGGGAGACCGACUCCAAGGGCUUCUAUGAUGUGCAGUAUGCAGAUCGCGAAGGCUUUGAUAACCGAGCAGUACUGCAUAGCGACCACCAAGGCAAGUUUUAUUUCAAGGCCAUUGUACCCGUCCCUUAUCCCAUCCCCGACGACGGGCCAGUGGGCCAGCUUCUCAAGAUUCUCAACCGACAUCCCUACCGACCAAGCCAUAUGCACUUCAAGUUCAAGAAGGCUGGUUACGACCCUUUGAUAACGGCACUCUAUAUCCGUGGUGACCCAUACGAGACCUCUGACGCUGUCUUUGGCGUCAAGGAGUCUCUCAUCGUGGAUUUGAAGAAGGUUUCUGAGGCGCCAGGGCUCGCAGAAGCAUAUGGAGUAUCAGAGACUACGAAACUGCUUCAAUAUGACUUUGUCCUCGUUUCAGAAACUGAGGUAGCGGCGUUGCGUCAUGCCGAGGCACUAAAGUCGGCUGGCACACUUGGGGCUGGUGUGCAGGUAGUCGACGGUACGCUCUACUAUUAG